CCUUCCACAACUUCACUGAAGUUUAUUUGAAGUUUAGAGAGAAAGCGGUGAAAGAAGUUCACCCUCUGAGUUCAUGGAAGCGACGCCUGAGAUGACACCUUUGCUGUUUAAGGAUGCGUUCUGGGGGUCCAGUUUCACGUGCCAUGCAGGGUACGACGCUAUGAUCCAGAGGCUGCAAGACGGAAAGCAAAUGUGCAAAGAUGUGGAGGAGCUUUUAAAGAUGAGGGCGCUGGCGGAGGAGAAGUACGGGAAGGAGCUGGUGACCGUUGCUCGCAAAGCAGGAGGACACACAGAGAUCAGCACCACGAGAGCAUCCUUUGAUCUUUUAAAAACACAAAUCGAGAACAUCGGUAACUUUCACAUCCAGCUCUCCGAUAUAUUGAAAGAGGAGGUGAAAAAGAUUGAGACAUUCAGAGAGCGGCAGAAAGAGCAGAGGAAGAAGCUCCAGAGCAUCAUGGAGAAGGUUCAGAAGAAAAAGGUUUAUUUGUACAAGAGGACCAUGGAAUCGAAGAAGUUUUACGAGCUGAGAUGCAGAGAGACGGACGAGGCGGAACAGGGGCUCGAGAAGACAAGCGUUGCAUCCAAAAACUCUGAAAAGAUGCGUCACAAGGCGAAGCAAAGCAGGCAGGCAGCCCGUGAAGCCGAGAAGCUGUACUUUACCAACACUGGUCAGCUAGAGAGUGUUCGCCAGGACUGGGAAGAGACACACAAAAGCACCUGUGAGGUGUUCCAGCAACUGGAGAGAGAUCGCAUCAGCAUGCUUAGGUGCUGUCUCUGGGACCACUGCAACCACUUCUCCACACAGUGCGUCAAAGACGACGAGUUCAUCGAGGAGGUGAGGAAGCUCCUGGAACAGUGUGACAUCACAACAGACAACAACUAUUUCAUCGGCAUGAAAAGUACCGGAACGAGGCCUCCGGAGUCCAUAUUGUUCGAGAACUUCUACCAGACGGAGACGUCUCGGCACGGCAACGGCCGAGCUCAUUUCGCAGUGGGAGAAGAAGAAGACGGGACGAUGAGGUGCUCUGAUCCCCUUGUGGCAAGUUCUGUGAACAUCUAUGUCAACAGUCUUCAAAACUCACCAAUGACACCUGUUGGCGAGUUUGCAGCCCUCCCUGACCUCCAGCAGGGGGCAGCAUCGGCCCCACUUGCAGCCGAUGAAGACGUCUACAUUGUGCUUUAUGAAUACACAGCCCGGGCGGAGGAUGAGCUGUCCGUCACCAGAGGAGACGUGGUCCGGGUGCUGGAACGAGGAGAAGACUGCUGGUGGACAGCGGAGAGCAACGGGCUGACCGGGCUGGUGCCGGGAAACUAUCUGGGCAAAAUAUGAGCCACCUGGAGUCGUUCCUCGGCUUCCAGGGACUUUGCUUUUGUCAGUACCGCCAAUAUAAGUCAUUAUUAAGCUCGAUGUGAUGAAUCACGAGGAGACUUGAGAUGAAGUUCAGUGGACAUGGCGUUUAAGGGUGGGUAAAUUGAAUGGCCCUGUAUUUGGCAGUGCACAUUUGGACAAUUUUACAUAUAACGCGCCCAACUUUAUUCCUCAUUUAGCUCACAGUUUAACACGUGUGCUCAUCUGGACACGUACCUGUUCUCCUCCAUUCGCUUUUGCUAACGUUAGCUAAGUUUGCUGUCACAAUGUCAGCGUGUUGUCCUGCUGCUUUACCCUCUCAGGAAGACGCCUGAGACCCUGAAAGUCUUGACCUGGUACCGUUGACCUGGUAGGCUACUGUUGACCUGGUACCAUUGACCUGGUAGGCUACUGUUGACCUGGUACCAUUGACCAGAUACCGUUGACCUGGUAGGCUACCGUUGACCAGAUACUGUUGACCAGGUACCGUUGACCAGAUACUGUUGACCUGGUACCAUUGACCAGAUACUGUUGACCAGGUACCGUUGACCAGAUACUGUUGACCAGGUACCAUUGACCAGAUACUGUUGACCAGGUACCGUUGACCAGGUACCAUUGACCAGAUACUGUUGACCGGGUACCGUUGACUUGGUAGGCUACUGUUGACCAGGUACCGUUGACCAGAUACUGUUGACCAGAUACUGUUGACCUGGUACCGUUGACCAGAUACUGUUGACCUGGUAACUUUGACCUGGUAGGCUACUGUUGAUCAGGUACUGUUGACCUGGUAUUGUUGACCUGGUAGGCUACCAUUGACCAGAUACCGUUGACCUGGUAGGCAACUGUUGACCAGGUACCGUUGACCAGAUACUGUUGACCAGAUACUGUUGACCUGGUACCGUUGACCUGGUAGGCUACUGUUGACCAGGUACCGUUGACCAGAUACUGUUGACCUGGUACUGUUGACCAGGUACCGUUGACCAGAUACUGUUGACCAGAUACUGUUGACCAAUCACACCAGCAGGCUAAAACCCCCAUGUCCUCUGACAAGCUAACAGUUAGUGUUAGCAUUAGUUAGCGUUAAAUAGUAUUACUUAUACCAGCGGUUUGGUUUAAAACUAGAUCUCGCGCCUGGUGGGGCACGACGAGGUGUUUAGUCUUCAGGUUUCUCUUCAAAAUGCAUGAUUAAAAAUGUGUCCUGUACAAGAUAAUACGUAUAAAAUUUGUUUUUUACCGCCGUUAUUUGCAGCAGGAUAACAACCCUUGGCAUUGCAUUCCAGAUAACGUUGACAUUUAAAGCACCAUUUUAAAUCUACUCCUCCAUCUCUAUCCACUCACUUUAAAUUGUAGCAUAAUAAUAAGCAGAUGAUGUUUUAUGACAUGCUUUCUCCAGGAUGUUAUGGAUUUCUAAAUUACUCACCACUGCGCCUGGUUUCUCACAUUCUUGUGAGCUGGGGAAGAUUGAAGGUUACAGUACUUUAAUUGUCUGCAGGUCCAUUGGGGAAACUGUUUU